AUGGCAUCUGGGAAGUCGGCAACUUGGAUAGCUUUCGGAUCUAUCUUCAAGCGGAAUCUCUCGACGGUGGUCGACGGUCGAAAUCCUCGUAUACGAAAUCAUCAAAUAUUCCAAGCUCCGCCGCACUACCAAAGCACCACGUCCACCACCAGCCUGCGAGCUUGUAGGGUCCCACGAAACCACUUCACAUCGAGCAAUGUCACACGACAGGAAGAGAGCGGCAAGCCCGCGUCAAAGAUCGAUGCGAUCAAGAACGCAAUUGUCGGAGGGGUGAAGGGCACUCAAAAGAAGUCGCCUCCAGCCAAACGAGCUCCAAGCAAUUCACUGAGGAAAGUAGCAUUUGAAGCGCAACGGAAUCGGCAGAAUGCUCUUAUCCGCGGUAGUGGAAGGACAAGAUAUGUUGAUCCGGAAGCCGAUACGAAAGAGGUGACAGCGUACUGUGCGGCGGAGAAGUACAGUCUACCAACUGCAAGAUGGGAAUUGGAAAGAGAGGGAUAUGUUACGGAUCCAUAUGGUGUAGGAUUGGGAGGGCAGGUCAUACACGUCCAGACACCCAACUACGUGAUCAGGGAUGAAGAGACAGGUGAGGACAAGCCACAAGGAACCGGGGAUGUCUUCGUCUUCCCUAGUGGAUGUGCAGUCUUCUGGAAUGUCCCAGAUAACCUGGCACGCACGUUUGUGAAGCGUUUCCUGCCAUCAGCUGCAGGCCAGACGAGAGGAAAGGUGCAGUAUGAGAUGGAGAACAUGGAAUACAUUGAAGAUCCGACGAAGGACUCCAGUCAGAUCAUUGGAGAUACCAUCAUCCUUGGGACCAAACCGAUGGAAUACCAUAGCUCGUCGGAUGCCGAGGCGGGGAAUACAUCGUCUUCAGCUCCGAGAGAGAUCUUUGAAGAUCGAAGUCCAGAAAUCGAUACCACGCUCGCCAAGAUUGCUUUCUCUUCUGGUCUUGCAAGGAGCACCAAACUGGCAGACCUUGAAGAGACUCUUAAUACGUACUUCGCCAACACACAGAGCAUCCCGAAAACGCUUGCAGAAGGGAAGAAGCUCAGCAUCAACCGCUCUCAAAUCCUGCAGCGCACAGGCGAACUGCUCCAGAUUCGCGCUCAGCUCAAUCUCUAUUCCGAGCUCACGGACGCUCUUCCAGAUCUCUUCUGGGACUCUCCACACGAGCUGGGGCUGGAAGGAUACUACGAGAAAGUCGGAAAAGCUCUCGAUGUCAGUGUGAGGAUCAAGAUCCUGAACGAGAGGAUGGACCAUGCUUCUGAAAUCGCCGCUGUGUUGCGGGAGAGGUUGUCUGAGAAGCAUAGUACAAUGCUGGAAUGGAUGAUCAUCGGCUUGAUCUGUAUUGAGGUUGGAUUUGGGAUCGUCCACCUGUGGAGGGAGAACGAAAUGCUCACGGAGAAAGAGGACGAGAAAAGGACAAGGGAGCUGCUUGAGGUCUGGCUCGAGAGGGAGUUGAGAAAGAGCGCUGCUUGA